GGUGCCCAACAUGGCCGACACGCUGCUGCUUCUCAAGCGGGGUCCCGGCCGCCCCAUGUGGCUGCGGGUCCGCAAGUCCCGGCCCAAGCUCAUGCUCAGCCGCCGGUCCCGCCGCCGGCUCGGCCCCCUGCGCUGGUGCAGCCGGCGGCGCUGGCGGCGGCGGCUGCUGCAGGCGCAGGCGGCCGGCGUGGACUGGAGGGAGAGCGCCUGCAAGGGGUCGCGCGCGGCGGCGCCGGCGCCGGAGGCCUGGAGGCCCAAGAAUGCGGCCCCCCGGCCGGCCCCCAGCCCAGCCCCAGCCCCCGCCCGCAGGGGCCCUGCCGGCGGCCCCACCUCGCCCGUGCGGCAUCUGGGCCCGGGCCGCGCGCUGCUGCUGCUGCCGGUGGAGCAGGGCUUCACCUUCAGUGGCGUGUGCCGGCUGACUUGCCUCUACGGCCAGGUGGAGGUGUUUGGUUUCACCAUCAGCCAAGGCCAGCCUGCCCAGGACGCCUUCUCGGCCUGCACGCACUCUCACCUGACCAUCAACGCCGUCCACUACUCCGUGCCCGAGAAGAGCAAGAAGGAGAUGAAAAGGGAAGCCCGGACUCUGCUCAGAUCCCAUCUUACCCUGGAGGACCGAAGUUGGGCGAUGAAGAACUUUUCUCCUCUCUGUUCCGUUGUGUUGCUGGAACGUGUGAAGAGCUCCACCGUGGACUUCAUCAGCAGCUACCUGGGCUUGUCUGACGUUUUCCUCCAAGAGAGUCCGACUCUACAGAUUAAUGCCCAGUAUUUAGCCUUGAGGUCUGUUGGCAUCAGAAAAGAGAAACGAAAAAAAGGCCUUCACCUCACCGAGAGCGCCCUCGCGGCCCUGGAGGAGCUGGUCCACGCGUCCUGCGAAGAGGUGGAUGGCUGCCCCAUCAUUCUGGUCUGCGGGUCCCAGGACGUCGGAAAGUCAACGUUCAAUAGGUACCUGAUCAACCAGCUGUUGAACAGUAUUUCCUGCGUUGACUAUUUGGAAUGUGAUCUGGGACAGACAGAAUUCACUCCUCCUGGUUGCAUUUCUUUAUUUAAUAUCACAGAACCAAUUCUGGGACCACCCUUCACCCAUCAGAGGACUCCGCAGAAGAUGGUGUAUUAUGGGAAACCUUCCUGUAAAGAAGGCUGUGAGAAUUACAUCGAGAUAAUAAAAUACGUGUUCAGCUCUUACAAGAGGGAGGCCCCGCUUAUCGUCAACACCAUGGGCUGGGUGACAGACGACGGGCUUCUGCUUCUGGUCGAUCUCAUCCGCCUGCUGGCGCCCAGCCACGUGGUUCAGUUCAGUUCUGCCCAGAGCAAGUACAUGCCGGGCCUCAGCCCCGAGUACGUGGAGCGCACGGAUGGCCUGUACACAAAAAGCAAGUCCAAAGCCAGAAACCGAGGUUUCGAACUUCCUGAAUUUGCGGAGAAUCUGGAAUUUUCUGACGAAGACAAAGAAUGUCCACUUAUCUUUACGGAGCAUAAACUGAUAGGUGUUCAUUCGGAGUUCUCAUUCAGGAAAACGGAAAGAAAUAGAGAAUCACAUAACAGGAUUCUCCGUGACUUGGCAGUGUUAGGUUACCUCGGCCAGCUGCUGGCCCCCACGUCGAAGGUGCUCGGUCCAUUCCAUGGUCUGGUACCGUAUCAGGUCCCCUUCAAUGCAGUUGCGCUCCGAAUCACCCACUCCGACGUCGCCCCCACCCACGUACUAUACGCUCUGAACGCCAGCUGGGUUGGCCUCUGCAGGAUCCUGGAUGACGUCAGAGGGUGCACGGAGGGGCCCAUCCUGCUGGCGCAGACCCCGAUCUGUGACUGUUUGGGCUUCGGCAUCUGCAGGGGCAUUGACAUGGAGAAGCGGCUCUACCACAUCCUCACCCCCCUGCCCCCGGAACAGCUGAGAUCCGUGAACUGUCUGCUCGUGGGAGCCGUGGCCGUUCCACAUAGCGUCUUCAAGAGCCAGCACGGGCUGGAAGGCACAAUUCCUUACGUCACAACAGACUACAAUUUUAAGCUUCCUGGAGCAUCAGAGAAAAUGGGAAUAAGAGAAGCUCAGGAAAUACCUGAAGAGAAAAUACACCCGAAACCCAAGCUCCAUCGAAAGAUCAGCUGAUGCUGGUGACUGCACAGAGAAGAGACUUUUCUCCUGGGAGCUUCGAUGGAGCCUGGCACCCAGGGGUUUGACACAGGGUCACGGCCGGGAGCCACGCGGCCACAGAGCAGACCGAGUUUUCUGUGAAACUCGUGACUGUUGUGUAGUAUAGUUUUAACUUUUCCCGUCUUGCAGCUGCGUGGUCUGGCCACGUGUGGUCACUCACGCUCUGUGGCUGGCGCGUUUUAAAGGGACCUGAGACACACGCAAGCAGGAAGAAUGCACCCAGCCCCUCACCGCGCCCCCUCGGGCAGAACCGAGGGGACUGAGGCCACACAGACGCGCCAGGAAGGAAGAGUCCUCUCCUGGGCCCUGCAGCCCCGGGCGGACUGGGGGUGGGGCCUGCCCCCUCGGAGCCCCCACUCCAUGCCUUAUGGUCGUCCCGUCCUGUUGUUUUCGUGCUCUAACUCGUCUUCCAGUCGCAGCUGUCAGGUAUUUGGUUGUUACGGGGAACCAGGGUUAAGUGGCGUGUGGGAGUGGGCAGAGGUGGCUGCCGGGGCCCCUCCUCCCCACGACAGGGCUUGCUGGCCAAGGGUGCGUGUGUGGCCCCCAGGCCGCUCCGGCUGUGUUUGGAGACAGGAGCCCUGGAAGGCGCCUCCUGCAGGUGCUUUUUUAAAACCAGGUUCGUCCUGCUUCUCGCCGAGACUGCAGGCCGAGCUGGAAAGAGACCGGGCUGUUCGGGAGGACCGGCAGGCCAGUCUGUGCUCGUACAGAGCCGCGCUCUGGCCACGGGCAGCUGGGGCUGAACUUGCACCUGUGAACCACCUGCCGUGCGUCUGCUCCCCGGGCUCACCAGUCUUCAUCCUCCGAGCUUGGAAGCCCUUUGGGGAGCAGUGGGUGCCGUCGCGGCGUUUGGACUGAGGACUGGCUCCGACCCAUCUCGGGCCUGCCAUUUUUCUCACUGGCGCAUUGAAAGACCCCUGGGAAGUUCAUUUUAACUGUUGAUUGUCACUGUCGUUAGCGCUCCGUGGUGCCCCAGGGACAGAACUGGGCAGAGGGGCCUCAUCUCCAGAGGCCGAGGGGCCGGUUUCUUAGGGACUUUUCCUGUUUGGCCUCAUGCAGAGGAUCCGGAGUUGGUCGUCCCUUUCCGCAGUCCCGAGUGUUUCCAGUAACACCUGUUGUAGGCAGUGGACAGCCAGUCUCUGAGGAUGAAGGUGGUGCCCUAUAAUUUGCAUUUUUAUUAAAUCCCAAUUUGCUUAUGGCUUUCAAG